GUUAUGCAGCACAAUCAAUUGAGUCACUAUUUGCCUGCCAUCUCUGGUUCGUUGAUAGACUAACGUUGCUUAUUAGCUAUUCCGUUCGAUUUACAUAAUUAUCUGGAGAUAUAACAUUGACAGCAAUGAUUCAUUUGGACACAGUCAUGGGCAGAAGCACAAUACAGGCAAGGGGAAGAUUCAAAAUUUCCUUGCUGUUUGUGGUCAUGAUCACGUUCGUUUUAGCGACGUUUACAAUUUCAUAUUCCUUGACGAGUUAUUACCAUAAGUCCUCGCUGAUCGCAGGAGUCACAAGUUUGGAGAAGAGACACUACGUGAAUAUCAAAACAUGGGAAGAUUUUUCACCUGUGAAGUCAACACAAAAAGCGAAAAUAAUCAUCUACAACAGAGUAGGCAAGUGUGGAAGCCGCACGAUGAUACAGCUCAUGAUUAGUCUCACAGGAAAACUUAAUUAUACAGUGAUUGGUUCAACCAUGAAUAGUGUUCUACAUCUAAACCUUCGAGAACAGCUCGAAUUUGUGGAUUUCAUAGACCAUCUUCACUCACCAGUUGUUUAUCAUCACCACAUACAUUUCGUCGACUUUAAGAGGUUUGGCGCUGUUCAACCUAUUCACAUCAACCUCAUAAGGGAUCCACUGGCCCGUCUUGUCUCUUCAUACUACUUCCACAGAUUUGGGGAUCAUAGAGAAGCCCAAAGAACAUGGGGUUUCAAAGGCACAGAUGAAGAGAAAAAUAUGACCUUCGACGAAUGCGUCAAAAAUGAACUUAGAGAAUGCGUCGAUCCUCAAAAGAUUUUAUACAUCAUUCCUUACUUUUGCGGCCAUGAAGCUUUCUGCAGGAGACCUACGGAACUAGCUCUUAGACAGGCCAAGAUAAAUGUCAUUAGAAAUUAUUUGGUUGUUGGUGUUACUGAAGAAUUGGAGGAUUUUCUGUCUGUUCUUGAGAAACUUCUACCAGAAUUUUUCGCAGGUGUAUUAAACAUGUACAAGACUCCAGACGAUGUUCUCAAUUCCAAAAUGACAUCAACUAAAACCGUGAACAAGAAAGGACCCUCCCCAGAAGUGCAAGAAAUAAUGAAAAAACAUCUACAAUUAGAAUACGACUUUUAUGAAUUUGUAAAGGUGAGAUUUCAUAGACUGAAAGCCGAACUCAGAUAACAAAACGAUACAGUCUUUGAAAGCAUGGUACAGUUGUAUAUCAUCUAUUUAUUACGUUGGCUGGUUUUUCAUCCAUCAAUAAGAUACAAAUCCUCUGAUCACUCAGACGUCUGAUAUGAAAAAGAUGUUGCCGAAAGCUCCGAUAAAGAUUGACCGAAAAAUGAAGAUUGAGUUCGCCAAGAAUUUAAUCGUCAUAGACAUGGGUUAACCUGAAUUUUAAUGUGUAUAAAAAAAAAACAACAACAACAACAGAAGUCCAGGUUUUAUUCGAGAUCGGUUAUAAUUCAUUAAAAUCAUUCAUGAAUGCAAUUUAGGAUUGUAAUUUCGUCGUUUGAAAUUUCGGGAUACCAUUUUAAAUGUUGUAAACAUUAUUAGUAUAUACUAAAACAGUGGAUAGCAUUGAAGGCGCGCUCUGAUUUGUCACUCAAACUCCGAAACACUUUACUAUUCACCUCCGAGAAACUCGCGCAGGAUUUGCACCCGAAAAUAAUGUAAUCGUUGCAGGAAUAAGUUAGUUAAAAUCAUAUUUUUGUGCUAUAUUGUCUCACUGUUUUAGUAUAUACUUAUAAUAAACAAUCCACAUCAACGUGAACUUUGAACCAAAAGCAUUGGCAUUUUAGCCGUGUUCACUUGAUCUCUUCCGCUCGCGUUGGUUUUAUCAUCUACAAUUGUUGAUUGCAUCGUGCGGAAUGACUUUAAACGACAGUUCAGAGAUUGUGCAUUAAUACUAGCAGGAAGACGAAGGCAACUCCACCAUCUGCCGCUUCGAGAAUCUUCAACUGAGGUUCAUGAAGGCUUAUAAGCUGAAGUUGAGAGAUUAAGAAUUGAGAGAUUAAGGCUUUAAGAGACAGUAAAAGUUG